CCUUAGAUUGUUCAUCCUUUUUAAUCUAGAAUGAACUUGUGAAGCAGAGCUGCUAUAUUAGAUCAGGUUGGCAAGGUGCGAUUGCUGGUGCAGUUGCUUUCACCACUACAAAGAUUCAACGUGCUGCUUGCAUUCAUUUCUGCCACAAGAACAGAAGAAGAACAGGAACUGAGAGCAUCUCCAUCCGCUUGCUAUCUUUCCUGAAAGCGGGCAGCUUGAGAUCCAUGGAGCAUUAUGAUAUCGGAACAAUGCGUCCGGCUGUGUAUGGCAUCAAUGAGCUCGAGCAGGAUGCAGCCGCAGGCUGUGAGCAGAUACAGCAGCAAGUGCUGCGUGGCAUCCUGCUUCUUCAUGAGAAGACAGAGUAUCUGCAAAGGUACAACCUGGGGCCUACAUCAACUGCGGAGGAUUUCAAGGCGUUACACCCAGUCUGUGACUACCCGCACUUUCGGGAGUGGGUUGAGCGAGAGGCCUCUGGAGAAGCCGAAAGGACGAGCAACCAGAUACUCUGUGCCGAGAAGAUCUUCCAGUUCCUACUCUCUUCCGGCACGACGUCUGGGCGGAAGCUGAUUCCGGAGACAGUGGGAUCCAUGACCCGCUCGGUGCGGUUCGGCCAGUUGACAAAAACGUUGAUCCAGCGGCACUUCGGAGCCGAAUCCACCGACCACAGCCUCCGCCUCGUCAACUGCAGCGCCCCGCAGAUCCUCCCGGGAGGGUUACCGGCCAUCCCGAUCGUAACCGGGCUCAUUAAUCUCGCGCUCAAGUACGACCUGCCACGUGUCCUUCGUGAAGACUGCUCGCCGCCGGAGGUUUACACCCACACGCUGCACGACGAAGCCUCCUACUGCCACGUGUUGUGCGCGCUCGCGGCGCGGGGAAAGCUGACCGCCCUGAGGACGACGUUUGCGGUAACCCUGGUUACGGCGCUAACCGACCUGGAGCUUAACUGGGCGCAGUUCAUGCACGACAUCAGGACGGGGACGGUUAGCGAGGAGCGGAUUUCGUCGGCGGUGGUUAGGGAUGCGGUUGCUCGACGGAUUGGGGCGAACCCCGGGUUAGCGGACGCGUUGGAAGCGGAGUUUCGGGAGGGGUUUGAGGGCAUCGUGCCACGGAUUUGGCCGCGGGUUAAGUUCGUGGAGUGCAUCUUCACGGGGCCGAUGACGGGUUACGUCGCGCCGCUGCGAAGGUUCACCGGGCCGGACCUGCCCCUCGUCAGCCUGACGUACGCCUGCUCCGAGUCGCUCGUCGGCGUCAAUGUCGACCUCCGAGAUGAGCCGAGCAGCGUCCGCUACACGUUGCUGCCCCGAGAAGCGUUCUGGGAGUUCAUUCCGGUGGACGAGUCCGAUGUGGACGGACAGACCGGAAACAGAUCGGUCGAGGAUGGAACAGCUUUCGUCGGAGAGAGCGGAAGUCGUUGGGCUGAGACCGAUGAUGACUUAGGAAGAGGGGCCGGGAAACAGAGUGGCGGGGAACGGGAGUCGAAGGCCCAAAGCAACGGAAACGGAACCGAUUGUCACGGAAACGCAAACGGGAGUGCGGAUGAAGCGACCAGUGAGAACGGGAGUAUUACAGGCGAAACCGAGUCAAGCGAGAACCCAAUUGGAGUGGCAUGCGUCAAGACCGUGGGCAUGCACGAACUAGAGCUGGGCCGCUGCUACGAGGUCGUGCUGACCAACUGGGCCGGGCUGUAUCGUUACCGGCUGGAGGACGUGAUAAAGGUCGAGGGUUUUUUGCAAUCUUUGCCGCAGGUGUCCUUUCAGUACCGCCGGGGGGUGCUGAGCAUUCAGGGGGCAACGGAACACAUGACGGAAAAGGAUCUGACCGGAGCGGUGCUUGAGACGGCGGAGGGGUUAGCGCUAACCGGGCGCCAGUUAGUGGAGUACACGACGGCUGUUGACACGGGUUGCGUCCCCCCCCGCUACACGGUGUUUGCGGAGAUUGUUCGGUUGCGAAAAGAUGCAUCUGACAACGUGAAACUGGAUCUGGAAAGUUUAGCCGCGAGCUUAGACGCCGCGCUAAGUCGUCGAAACUCGCUGUACGAGAACUCCAUCAAGAAACACGAGCUAUCGCCGCUUGAGGUGUGCCUCGUCAAACCGAGCACGUUCGAGGAGCUGUUUCGGUACCGGGUUAAGGAGCACGGGAUCGAUGCGGGGCAGUACAAGGUGCCCCGGUGUAUCAAGUCGCAGGAGUUGAGAGAGAUCUUUAAGAGGGCGACCAUAGGCAGCUCGCUCGCAGUCAGCCAUUGGUGCGAGCGUCAAUAGAUGCUCAGCGCGCUUUGUUUUGAUGUGUUUGUCGCUCAUGCAGGGCUGCAGAUAGAUACAGGAAACUAGAGCAGAGAGUCGCACAGAGAUAUACGAGGACCUGCAAGCCCUUGGUCAGUUGUUUUGAGCAUUGUUUUUUGACAGCAGCGAAACAGUCAAAAGAUGCGCAAGCAGCCUUUGCGCUAGAUUGCAUGAAAGUGAGUCUCUUUCACAGAACUCACGCCGUAACUGGCUCGCUCGCGGAUGGUAAAUUGCAAGGGGGCAAAGGCUGAUAAAAACGGAGUAGGCUGUCAGAGCCAGGCGCUAUGACUUGCCUAUAGUCCUUCGACGAUACAGGUCGCACUUUGAAGUGCAAUGGACUUUGAAACUUAUUGCAAUUCAUUAGCGGAACAUUAGCUCGAAUCUACCAACACCACUGCUGCUGAUCUUAUGCUUAACGGUAGCUUCGCAC